AUGGAUAUACAAUACGUCUACCAAAAGGAGCGCCGAGAGUUCGGCAAGCAGUGCCUGUUUUCCGACAAGAACAAGGUAGAAUUUUCCGAACCCGCGAGCCAUGAUCUGUUCAAGGAGUAUAUCCUGCGCGAUCCGGUAUCGGUCGGCACACAGUACAGCCGCCAGAUGGCCAUCAGUGAGGCGAACACGGAGAGUGCCGAGUUCGAGCAUCACGGCAUCCUGCACUCGGAAGGUGGCUGGCCGAAGGACGUUAACUAUCUCGACCCGGAGCAAACUGUUCGCUACCGGCGUAAGGUGGAAAAGGACGAGAACUAUAUCAGCCAGCUGAUGGGUCUGACCAAGCCGAUGGAGCACUGCAUCUUCCAGAACAACGCGGUCAACAUCUACGAGAAGUACUUCGACGAUCUGGAACCGGCCCCGCUGAUCGAGCGGAGCAGUUCACGCACGUUGAACGUGUAUCGCGAUCCGAGCAUCUACAAGCAGCCGGUGACCCAUCUCUCCUGGUCGCCGGACGGUGGCACCAAGAUUGCCGUCUCGCACUGCAACAUGAACUUUGGCGAGGUGCUGGGCAAAGCUGUCUGCUCGUACAUCUGGGAGGUGGAGAACCCGAAUGCACCGCUGUUGCGGUUCAAGCCGGCCAGCUCGAUGAUCUGCCUCGAGUACAACCAGAAGGACCCGACGACACUGGUGUGCGGCAUGUACAACGGCCAGGUGGCGGCGUGGGAUACACGCAACGAGCAGGAACCGGUCAUGAUAAGCGAGCGCGAACAUUCGCACCGUGCCCCGGUCAAUUCGGCGCUGUGGAUCAACUCGAAGAGUGGUACCGAGUUCUUUUCGGGGUCCUCCGACAGCCAGGUGAUGUGGUGGGAUACGCGCAAGCUGUCACAGCCGAUCGAUAGGCUGCUGAUGGAUCCGAUCAAGGCGGAUGAGCAGGACCUGUCGCGAUCGUAUGGCGUUAGCUGCCUGGAGUACGAAACCUCAAUCCCGACCCGAUUUAUGUGCGGCACCGAGCAAGGUAUGCUGUUCUCCUGCAACAGGAAGGGCAAGUCGCCGCAGGAGAAGAUAGUGUUCAGGAUGCAAUGUCACACCGGACCAAUCUACGCCCUCACGCGCAAUCCGGCGUUCGUGAAGAAUUUCCUCACCAUCGGCGACUGGAUAGCGCGCAUCUGGUCCGAAGACUGCCGGGAGAGCUCGAUCGUUUGGACCAAGAACCACGACGUGAUGCUGACCGAUGGCGCCUGGAGUCCGACGCGCUACUCGUUGUUCUUUGUCAGUCGCGUCGAUGGCGUGCUGGACGCCUGGGAUCUGCUUCAGCAGCACAGCGAACCCACGCUCAGCAUCAAGGUGUGCGACGAGAGUUUGAAGUGCUUGCGGGCGCACGAAUCGGGCCGACUGGUCGGAACGGGUAGCGUGAAAGGCGCAACAUUUCUGAUCGAAAUGUCCGAGAACAUGACCUCGAUUCGCAACGAUAAGCCACUGUUGACGGCGAUGCUUGAGCGUGAAAAUCGUAGGGAAAAGAUUCUGGAGGCUAAAUCGCGCGAGAUGAAGUUGAAGGUGCGAGGACUUAAUCGACAGGACGAACAUACCGAUGAUAAGCCCAAGCUAUUCCAGUGUCGCUCUGCUUGCGAAGCCGCGGAACAGGAGUACUUGCAAAUGCUGGACAAAGAAAGAAAAUCUCGUUUUCCGGAGGAAUAUGAUGAAGAGUAUGACCCGAAGAAGGUAAGGAAACCUUACAAACCCGAGCAUUACGAAUCUGACGGGGAGAAUGAGGACCGCAAGGACUAA